AUCUUCAACCAGCUUGCGAUGGCAGCAGUAAUCUAACAGCAUCUACAGAAAGACAAUAUAUCAUGUCUCCCAAUUUUCCAUACGAGUAUGAAAGUAAUUUUUCUUGCAUUAUAAGAAUCUACCCACAAACAUUGUACUAUGGCGUGACGUUCAACAUGACAUUUCUGGAUAUUGAAGUCUCCAAAGGAUGUGCAAAUGAUGCGCUCCGUUUCAUAAGCGUUGGAGAAGAAUCGUCAGUGGACGCGGCAGUCGUAUGCACACGUGCUGUCGAUUAUGAGCACACCAUUUUCCCGCUCGACGUUACUGGAAACUAUAUUGAAAUCGAAUUUACAACAAACUCAGCUGACAAUUUUUACGGAUUUAUGUUUUCAUUCACAGAAGUAUUCAAGGGAAUAAACUUAACCAGUCCUAAUAAUGAAGACACAAUUCAGAUCACAGUGCCGGAAGACCUAACAACCGGACGUGUCAACGACACCGUCUGUGUGAUAGUCCUCACCUACACAGGAACCAUUAAUCUACAGAUAACUCCGCUGUAUGAGGCAACUACAGAUAAUAACAUCACCGACCAAGAUACUCAACUGUUUGCUCUGAUAGACGAACCACCGUAUGUGUACUUGGACUUGGUCUCUAGUCUAAACUACGAGGUUAUUAGUAAAUUUACAUUACUUGCAACGUUGAUAGAUAGUGACGUCCCGCAAGUGACGUAUACAGUGACGUUUAAUGUUACAGUUUCAGACGUUGAUGACGUUGCGCCAGUAUUUUUAAAUUUACCUGGCAACUAUACGUUAUCGAGAGGCCAAAAAACAGACGAAGUGAUAUUCACAGUCAAUGCAACGGACAAUGACAUAAGUGACGAAUUUAGAAACAUCCUAUUUACGAUCGAGUCUGGCGACGUGGAUUCCAUGUUUGCAAUCAACGAGACGACGGGCGAUGUAAAGCUUAUACAAGAUGCAAAGACUAUUUCGCUGGACACUUCACAAUACGAUCUAACCAUUGGGGCAUACAGUGGUUCUUUGACAACAAAAUUGGUGACAACAGGUAGCCUAACUAUUCCCGUGAGUCCGGACAGUCCCCCUGAAUGUUCUCAUACGUCGGUAUGGUGUGAAACUGUGGAUGUCAAUACUGCUGUAGCUGGCACAAAAGUCGUGUUGAUAGACACAUGGAGUUGUACGGAUGACAACGUAAAUCUCACGUAUUCUGUGGAAGGAGUGAGCCCUGAUGUAUCACCUGACCUAUUUACCAUUGAUGAUAAACUGGGGGAAGUGUCUCUGUUACGAGAGUUCAACAUAUCCGAAGUUUUAACUCGCCAAUUCCUGUUGACUGUCGGCGUCACGGACUCUGUUGGACAAAUAAUUACUUUCAGUAUGUACAUGAACGUUACGUCGUUGUCAUGUCUUCCCAAUCCAAGAAACCUGUAUGUCCGCAUGGAUCAAGGAGAUGGUGCCGUACUUUCAAAUGGGUUCAACUGUACCAGUAAAUAUGGCCUAGAUUACAUACUGACACAAUACCCAGCGGGCACAUUUGAAGUUAACAGUGCUUCUAAUGGGACUGCGUUACUACUUUUGAGAGCACCAGUGGUAAAGAUCAAAUUUUACAGUUUGAGCAUCGUUAUAACAGAUGGUGUUGACAUUGCAAAUUUAAGAUUCAAGGUCAUUGUACAGACAAAGAGAUGUGGUAUAAACAGCGCAAUGAUUGCCUUCGACAAGAAACAGUUGAUUAUUAUGUUAAUAUCUGUCUUAAUUCUCUCCUUGAAUGACUAUUGAAAACGUCGUGAAUACGAUUUUUUUAAUUUUUAUUUUUUUGAAAAUGAUUCAUUUAGAUAAUGUGCAUUUGUAUUGAAAAUGAUACGUUCAUUUAUGUUCAUUUAUAACAUUGACUUAAAAAUUAGUUGAUGCGUACACAUAUGGCAUUCUGAUGGAAAUCAUAUGGUUUGCUGUGUAUACAUGUAUUGUAUAAUAGCAUUAUUUUGAAAUAUAUUUAUUCUUUUUAGAACUGUUAAAAAAGAUGUUUAAAAUAUGUUGUAGUGAUUUAUCACAUAUUCUUGCCGAUUUUACAACUCCGUAAAAAUGAUAUUGCAUAUAUUUUGACUUGAUGUCUUUAGUGUGAAGACGUUACACUAUAGGCGCGCAAAUGAAAAAUGAGUCUUUUGUACAUACUUUACUUUUGAGUUUAUAUUCGUGAAUGUUCAAUUCUAAAUUUGUUGAACUCGUUGAAUAAAAUAAUAUCAUGCCAGUUCAAUAAAUUUAGUAUUUAAAUUACACUUAUUCAAUACCAACUUUUUAUUGCUUGCAUAAAGGUAUGACACUAAAAAAGAGAUAUCCAGUUGUGUGUAAUUGUUUUAUUCUAUUAAAAACGAUUGAUGAAAAUGCGGACAGGUAUGACAUUGUUUUGAAAAUGUUUUUUUCUGUUGCUCACUGUUAUGUCAUUAUAUUGGAAAUGAUCUGUUCUAUUUUGCACAGUUAUGUCAUUAUUUUGAAAAUGGUUUGUUUUGCUGUUUACAGUUAUGACAUCAUUUUAAUGUAUUCAUGUAUAAAGAUAUGACAUUGUAUAAAAAUUAUUUUUUUCAUAUGUAUACAGUAACUGUUAUGACAUUAUAUUGAAAAUAAUUUUGUUACGACUGCAACAAUAUUUUGAUUAAACAAAUGUACGCAAUAUCAUUACAAUCAAAUUCAAAAAAAGGAUUGAUGCUAUUGUUUCAGAGAAAGUGUAGUCUGUUGCCUAAAAUAUAGGAUAUGAAAAUAACUGUCAGGUUUAAACUAAUUAACCGUUUACAGCUCGGCAAUAUAACCUUUCAAACAAAAAAAAUGAAAAAUGUUCUCAAAUAUUUUUUUAGUGAUUGCAUUAACUCUGGGUUGUUUUGUUUGUGUUUUUGUUGUUGUUGUUUUUUGUUGUUUUUUCGUUGUUGUUGUUUUUAAUUUUAGUUUUAUGUACAUGCACUUUUUAAGGAAUGGGUUUGCAGCGGGGGUAGGUGGGGGUGAGUUGUAAUGUGAUUGGGCAUUAAUUAAAGUUUUUAUUUUAAAGAUUUAAAAAUGUGUUGUUUGAGGCAUUUAUCUUAUUUUUAAUGUUUCAUUGUUACUGAAUAAACGUGAAGAAUGUUGCGUGUUUAUCCUUUUAACACUGUAUGCUGCACAUUAUGUUUGAGAACUUAUAUAUCUAUACUUUGUGCUGAUAUCUUAAAACUAGUGCAGAGCUCUCUUUGUUUACUAUUAGUUA